AUAGGUAGAUUUUAUACUACCUAAGUAGAUCUACUUUUUUAUUAUACCUAGGUGCUGUAUUUCUUGAUAAAGCAUUCUUUGGUGCUGGGAAUGGGUCCAUACUAUUAGAUGAGGUUGUUUGUUCAGGAUCAGAUACAAUACUUCAAUGUAUGCACCGUGGUUUUGGGUCUCAUGAUUGUGGACAUCAUGAGGAUGUAAGUGUGCAGUGCUCAGAAUCAGUAACAAUAGAAGACUCUGUUGAUAAUGUCACAGUGUGUGAUACUGAACUUGAUGACCAACUGUGGUCAGUAAUGAGUACCAAUGGUAGCUGUGAGCCUUACAUUAAAAGAGACUCUAAAGUUGGAAUCUGUGAUGACUUUUAUAUUCCUGGUACUGAUUAUGUGUACAUUCCAAAUAGACGUCUUGAAGGCUCUCAGAAUCUUUUAAGACAAUUCACAGAGCAACUUAAUGAGUUUAUUCCAUCAAUACCAAUCCGCUGUCGUGAUACUGCUAUUAGAGUUAUGUGUACUCACUAUUACUUGCCCUGUGGUUUUAAUGGCACCCUGCAUGUUCCACUUCCUUUAUGUCCUGAUGUGUGUCGAUACAUGUCAGAAACACUGUGUCCUGAUAUUUGGUCAAUUACUGCUAGUUUUCUUGCCUCUGAUCAAAUUAGUCCUGGAUACAAAAAUGAUGAGGGAAUCAAGUUGCCAUCAUGUAACAACACUGAUAAGCUAAUUGUUUUUUUGAAUUUGACUAAUGACUGUUGCUCUAAUGGAGGUGUUUUACUACCACAGCCAACCAUCGCAGAUUUUACAACUACUUCCUCAAUUAUUCUGUCAACAACACAUCACUCUGCCAGCACUAUGUAUAAUACAACACCAGAAUUGACUGUGAUUCCUACUGCUUCUUCACUUAUAUUAACAACUGUUAUAAUCCCAUUAGCAGUAACUAUUCCACUAGUUUUACUGGUUAUAUUUGUAGCAGUGUUAUUGAUUGUCUGUUUGGUUAAGAGGGCAGCAAAGAUGAAAGAAAAAAAGACGGAUCUAGCACUGCAUGUAAUCCCCUCUAAGCCUUUGUUACUUUCUGAUAGCAGUAGGGAAAACAUUUACGAUUCCAGCAAACCAAUGAAUGUCUCAUCAAAGUACAUGGAUCAGUUAUCAGAUUAUAUAAUAUCAGGAUCUUUCAUUGAAAUACAAGAAAUUGUUGGACAAGGUGAAUUUGGUAUAGUGUAUUGUGGUGUAAUGACAAGUAACGCUCAAUUGCCAAAAGCAGUUGCUAUGAAAACAUUAAAAGGUUUUUAUAAAGAGAGUGAUAUUGAGUCCUUACUGGAUGAGUGUCUUAUAAUGAUGUCAUUUGAUAAUUUAAAUGUAUUACCACUGAUUGGUGUGUGUCUUGAUCUUGGACCAGCUCCAUACAUUAUCAUGCCUUUCAUGUCAAGAGGAAGUUUAUUGUCUUACCUCAAGAAAGAGAGACCUAAUUUUACAGUAGCUGAUACCAGUGAAGAGGAUAUUAUACUGAAUGUCAGGAAACAGUUACUCUCCAUUUGUUUACAAGUUGCCAAUGGAAUGUCUUACUUAGCUUCACAGAAAUUCAUUCAUCGUGAUCUUGCUGCUAGAAAUUGCAUGAUUGAUGAUAAUGGUAUCAUUAAAGUAGCAGAUUUUGGACUAUCUGAAGACAUAUAUGCCCACAAUUACUUCAGGCAACUAAAGAGCAGUGAUAAUAACUCAGGAUCAUCAACAGUUAAACUACCAGUGAAAUGGAUGGCAUUAGAGAGUCUUCAUGAUGGACUGUUCUCGGAAAAAUCAGAUGUUUGGUCUUACGGUGUGCUUUGUUGGGAAGUAUUCAGUCUUGGUAAGGUACCAUAUCCUGGUCUGGAUCCAAUAGGAGUAGUGGAGUUACUGGAUACUGGAGGACGAUUGCAAAGUCCACAUAAUGGAGCCUGCUCACAGGAAAUAUACUCAUUGAUGAUGCUAUGUUGGUCUGAGUCUCCAAUUGAUAGGCCAGCAUUCAGUGAUUUAGUUUCAUCAAUCAAUAAUCUCAUUGAACCGUUAGCAGGCUACCUUGAUUUCACUCAAAUUAAUAACACUUGUAUAAAAAAAGAAAAUAAUUAUUACUGA